UUAAAAAACAUAAAUAUUUAAAAAACAUGGAUGAUGAAAAAUUAAUUCAAUUAGUGAAAAGUAAUGAGCUCAUUUACAACAAAUGUGAUGCGGACUACAAAUCUAUGGAAAAAAAGAAGGCCACUUGGCAAAGGAUAGCACGCGAGAUGGAGUCCACCGAAUCGGAUUGCGUACGCCGUUGGUCCUGCCUACGUGAUCGGUACACCAAGGAAAGCCGCCGUUUGACUGCACUUGCUAAUAAUGGAAUGACAACAUCCCAGCUAUGGCCACUAUUUGCAGAAAUGGAGUUCUUAAAACCACACAUUCUCAAUCGCAGUAAAUCAAUACUAGGUACCUCGUCCUAUUCGGUUAAAUUAAAAGAGCCAACAACAGAAUUUGAAGAAUUUGACUCGCAUAUGACAGAGCAGGAAGAUCCUAUAGAAUAUGAAUAUCUUACAUCAUUUUUAUCGAAAGAAGAAAUAGAAAUACAGCAAGAGGUAUUCGAUGAGUAUCUACCAACAGAAACACAAUCGUCCGCACCUUACCUUACAUCUUCCACACCUUACCAUAAGAGACCAACCACCGAUCCAAAGCCUUCGCAUUCAUCUACUUCGAAUACGGAAAAUCAUCAUACCAAAAGUAGAAAGAGAUCUUGUGAACCUGAUGUCGAAGAAGAGCUAAAAAAGGCUUUGGAAAUAUUUAAAGAAGUUUGUGGGGCAGCAAGAAUGCGUCGACAAAAUCCUGCAGUGUAUGGUUUUGGACAAAUGGUUGUCGAAACUAUUUGUCAAAUGAGUACACGAAAACAGGCUAUUGCUAUGCAAAAAGUUACAGAGUUGGUCAUGACACUUAAAAUGGAGCCGGAUAGUAUGGAGCAGGUGUAGAAACUUGUAAAUAUUUAUCGAGUUUAGUUUGAAAGUAAAUUUAAGUGGACAGUAAUAAAAACUAAGUAAGCAAAAUUAUAUAAUUUCUAAAUCUAUUUGGCUGUGUGGCUCUUGUAGGCGCAGAAAUGAGCGUAAAUAUUAAUGCUAUGGUAUUUAAUAGCAAAAAUUUAAAACCAACGAAGAAUGUGUCAGCUAAACCCGUGUGCACCAUUCCGCCAAUUCAAGUGACCAACCUAAUUGUUAUCCCAGCUUUGGUUGCUUUUCGAAGAAAUGAAUUAUUUAUCAAACAAACAAACGUAAUGCUGCAACAACCCCAAAAAAGCAAAUAAAAAAAUUAUAAACACGUACAAAAACGGUUACGUUCCGGCAACCAUCUGGUCUACGUCACAGAAACGAACGAAUUUAUUCCCGCUCAAGAUUGUCACUUCAACAGCAUCAUCCGCCGAAAGUUUUAAUGCUCAAAUAACACAAGAAAUAGCAAAACAAUAAUUAAAACAACAUAUUUUUCGUUUUGUUUUUGUUGUAUUAUCAAUUUAAUUGUUCUGCACAUGUUUUUAUUCUCAGACGAUUAGUAUUUUUU